UCCUGCAUAGGCCCCAGGGGACUGUAACCUUGGAUCCCUGGGCUGUCCCGGCCCCCUGCUGGGCUUGUGACUGUCCCCAAUGGAUGGAGCCAUGGCUCCCGCGUUCCUGCUGCUGCUGCUGCUGUGGCUCCCGGGCUGUGUCUCAGGUGUCCCUGCCGAGGGCGUGUACUCCAAAGUGAGGCACCUGGAAGGGGAGACUCUGUCUGUACAGUGCUCCUAUAAGAACCGCAAAAACCGCGUGGAGGGCAAGGUGUGGUGCAAAAUCAGGAGGAAGAAGUGUGAGCCUGGCUUCCCCCGUGGCUGGGUGCAGGGGCCACGCUACUUGCUGCAGGACGAUGUCCAGGCCAAGGUGGUCAACAUCACCAUGGUGGCCCUCAGGCGCCAGGACUCGGGCCGGUACUGGUGCAUGCGCAAUAGCUCCGGGACCCUCUACCCUCUGAUGGGCUUUCAGCUGGAAGUGUCUCCAGCAUCCACACCCAAGAGAAACACUCCUCCUACACAGCUGGCCAACAUCUUCCAGAGUGGAAUUGUUGUGACAACAGGCCAAGCCCCCACCUCAGGCUCUGACGCCCCUCUCACCACCAGUGUGACGGUGUUCACACCUGGACCCCUCACCUUGGCCAGACUCCUGCUCUCUGCUGCCUCAGGGACCAUCAGACUGACCUCCAUGACAGAACACAGCUUCAUCAGCACCAGCCCUUCCACCACGGGGCCCCAGACAGUGACUGCAUCUCCCAGGAAUGCCACAGCUUCUUCUGACGGCCCAGCAUCCACCUCCACCCAGGCUGGGCGCCUGCACGCCAGAUUGCCCAGCACAAGAAUGUGCCACACCAGCCAAUCUCUCCUCAACAGACUAUCCCCCAUCAGGCACCAGGAUCCUUAUCCCACUGUGCUCGUUGGGGUGCUGACGGUGCUCCCAGUGGCUGUGAUGCUGAUCGUGGUCUAUGGGUUCUGGAAGAGGAGACACAUAGGCAGCUACAGCGUGUGCGGCGAUCCCGCAAGACCCUGGAGGUACCCACCUGGAAGACCGGAUCCUCCGUGGAAGACUACUUGGUUUGAGGCCACCUAGCUGUGGAGCAGGGAGCUUCUCCCAGAGGGGCCCCAGGAGGCCAGAGGAGGAGUGAAGAGGGGGCCUGUCUGGAUCGGAGCCAGGUUGGGGGGUAAGGACUUGGGCAGCGCUGGACUCAGGCCUUCCCAGAACCGGAGGCUGCGCUUCACCCCCUCAGCUCCCCGGGCUGCCAGGAGGGGCCCAGGGAGGAGGGCACCAGGGAGGAAGUCCCAGAGAAAGCCAUGAGGGGACUCUGCUCAGGUCACAGGCCCCCUGGCUCCUGCUGGAUGGCAGAGAAGCCCAGUGGUGCCGAUACAGACGAAGAACGUCAGCACCCGUCGGCCUCGGAAGCCCUACUGUAGAGCUGAGGGGAGGGCAGGGGUGGACGCUGCCUUCUCCCCACCUGGGACCCUGUGUCCUCAGCUUCCCUCAAGCUUCCCUAUGCGCUUGGAGAAGAAAGGGUCCCAGAGGCAGCCUAUGUCCCAACGGCUGCGCCCUGGAGAAGAAGGAACAGUGAUUAAGAGCUGGGGGUCCACAAAGGGGUCGGCAGCAGGAGACCCCAGAGCUGUCCAAGCCCCCCAACCCCCGGGCCAUGCAUCCUCUGACGGGCCCCUGGAUGUGCCCCGCCCUGACUGCGGCGGCUUGUCCCUCAAGUCCUGGGAGCCAGCAGGGCCCGCGCUCCCACUGCUGCCCCCUGCUGGCCGGCCCCUCCCGGGGCAGUUGUGAGCAGGCAGGCGAGAGCUGGUCUGCUGCAGGACCAGCCUGUGCAGAGGCUGAGCUCAGGGCUCUGUCCCCCAGAUCCCCACCCAGGCUCCAGGUCUGAGCUCCCGGAGGGGACUGAGGGCCCUCCAGAGUCAGUCCCCAGGGGAGAGGCCACGGCUCAGAGACAGGGUAGAUCCCCGCCCCCGGGACUCAUUGUGCCCUGGGGAGAGAGGAUCCACUUGUGACACAGCCAAGACAACUCAGAGCUGCCCACAGCCUGGAGGACUGCAGGGCCGGGAGGGGAGGGGGAGGAUGGAGGCGAGGAGACUCAGCCAGGGACCCAGGGGCAGGAGGUGCCUGCUCCUGCCUCAUCAGCUCGUGGCUCAGACUCAGCCUCUGAAGGCUGGAGAAUAUGGGCUGGAUUUCUCCCCUGGAGGAAACUGUCCACCAGCCUGGAGCAACUGGAACAUGCACCUGGGGAAAUAUAUGACAUUUUCACUCUUGGCCCUGGGACAGGGACAGGGCCCUCCCAGGUGGGAGAACAAAGGUGACAGUCAGAAGAGUGACACAGCUGGGGCC